AUGGAAAUGCUUUAGUGUCUGGAGGUAUAAUAUAUGAUAUAAUUCAGUGUUUCGCCAAAGCUAAUAUCCUCCACUCUCGAAGGCACAGCACCGCGAUGUUAGGGUAUCAGGCUCGAUACCCCGCGUAUGACGAGGCCAACCGCUUUUCGGUGCCAUAGACACUGAUCGCGGCUCAAGUACUUCAACCCACUUGCAACUGUGCUUAAAUACCACGCCAUUCUCGAGAAAAUGAUCUACAGUAGUGACAUCAAUACAUCUGACAUAAGAAUCAUCAUGGAGACCCCACAACUGGCACAAAACGCCCUGCCCCCCUUACCCGGCCUACCUCGUGAUGUCAUGGCAGCCCUCCAGCUGAGAAUUCACUCGCCAGACGGCCCCAUCCGGACAAAAGGCGCCGGGUUCUCGGUAUCCCAGGCCGCCAACAUCGACCUGACAGACAUGCUGGACCAAUCAAGCAGCGUCCUCUUCUCAACCAUCCCGUCCGAGAUUCGGAGCUACAUUUUUGAGUACGCAUUCAUCCCGGACGACGACUUUACCAAACCCUACCCUGUAGAUCGAUUCUAUUCCCGCCCAGGGCACCGCUACCACCCUAAAACCAACCUCGCCCUCCUGCAGACCUGCAAACGCGUCUUCCAGGAGGCGAGGGUUUUGCCUGUGGCCUGCGCUACGCAUACCUUCUGGCUCUUCAAGGGGCCGUGACUCCACAUGCGCGCCGGAUCCUCAGGUCUGGGUGGUUUUAGGCCCUAGCAGGCGUCGCUGAGUCCCGUGCAGCGGUGUGGGGUGAAUUAUGUCCAUAUCAUCGCGCAGCAAGUUUACCUGGAGAACAUCGGCACCAUGCCGAUGCUGGCGCAGCCGCUGGAGGUGCCGCUGGAGGUGGUGAGGGAGAGGAUGGAAGCCGGGACGUAGGGUUGGCAGAUUGGGCAGGUGAGGGGGCUCCAGGAGUUGGAGAUUGAAUUCGAGAUGGUGGUUAGGAAGAAGGAGCAGUUGGAUCUGGUGCUGGAAAGAGCGAGGUAUUGGGUUUUUCCCUUGGCGGGGACCGAGGCGGUGUUGAGGCCGGAGAAGGGAGGGAAGCUGGUGGAGGAGUUUGAGUGGGAGGGACCGGCGACUUUGACUCAU